CAGCACACAAAUAUGUCACCUGCUACUCAAAUACAUUCGAGCAAUAUGAACAACCAACAGUCUAACCAAUGUGAUUCCAACACAGACACAAAUGUACGUGCUAAGGCCCUUGCAGAGUCUGUGAACCUGAACCGAUUACCAGUUCCUGAACCAAGUGUAUUUACUGGGGAUCCUCUUCUGUAUGUGGAAUGGAAAAUGUCAUUUCAAAUGCUAAUUGAACGGAAGGGUAUUCCCUCACAGGAGAAAAUUUUCUAUCUGAAGAAGUAUGUGGAUGGUUCAGCACGCAAGGCACUCGAAGGUUUUUUCUAUAGUGGUAGUGAAUCGGCCUAGACAAUGCUUGAAGAACGGUACGGCCAUCCCUUUAUUGUGCAGAAGGCAUUUCGAGAUAAGCUUGACAAGUGGCCAAAAAUAGCAGUUAAGGAUCCAAUGGCUCUGAGAGAUUUUGCAGAUUUUCUCCAAGGCUGCAAGGAUGCCAUACCUCAUGUUCCCGGGCUUGCUGUAUUGAACGACUGUGCUGAAAAUCAAAAAUUACUUUAUAAACUUCCAGACUGGGCUUCUGUACGAUGGAACCGAGAAGUCGCGCAGCACCUAGAUUAUUGUGGUAGUUUCCCCACUUUCAACCAAUUUGUUGAAUUUGUGGUUAAGGAGGCUAAGGUUGCAUGCAAUCCUAUAUCGUCACUCUAUGCUCUCAACGAUAACGUACGUCAUGCUGAAACAGAACGUAAACGACCUAAAGAGCCUACGAUCAGAGUCUUGGCCUCAUCCACAGAUGUGUCCACUCCGAAGACUGAAUCUCAGAGUGUUAACAAGGUGUGCAUGUACUGUGAAAGGGACGGUCAUUUUAUAGUGCGAUGUGACAAGUUCUUGGCUCUCUCCCUCAACGACAAACGAUCAUUUAUUCGUGAGAAGAAUUUGUGUUACGGAUGCUUGCAAAGGGGCCAUCGAAACAAGGACUGUCAAAGGAAACAUACAUGUGGCACCUGUAAGUUGAAACAUCCUACCUGUCUCCACGAGGAACGGCUUUCCUCAAAGACUGAAUCAAACAACAUAAAGCCUUCAAACACUUUGCGCGUCACUCAGAAUAAUGGACAAAGUACAUCCAUGAUUGUGCCAGUAUGGAUAUCAACCGAUGAUACCCCAACUCAAGAAAUACUAACUUACGCGUUGUUAGAUACGCAAAGUGACACUACAUUCAUUCUUGAUGACACUGCAGCAGCUCUGAAAGUAAGUAGCCAACCUACAAAACUGAGCUUAUCUACGAUGACCUCUCAAAACACCAUUAUUGAUAGUACCAGGAUAUCCAAUCUACGAGUUAGGGGUUUCUAUUCACCUGACAAUCAUGCUGUGCAUAUCAAUCAAACGUACACCAGAAGUUUUAUUCCAGCUGAUCGUUCUGAUUGUACUCACCUUUCUAGAGUACCUACAUUGUAUUCACCUUUCUAGAGUACCUACAUGGUACUCGCCUUUCUAGAGUACCUACAUGGUACUCACCUUUCUAGAGUACCUACAUUGUACUCACCUUUCUAGAGUACCUACAUGGUACUCACCUUUCUAGAGUACCUACAUUGUACUCACCUUUCUAGAGUACCUACAUUGUACUCACCUUUCUAGAGUACCUACAUGGUACUCACCUUUCUAGAGUACCAACAUUGUAAGUACCUUUCUAAUUCCUGCUUGGUAUUAUGUUGUGUUUAAACUUGACAGACACACUUAACAAUAAGAUAUUAGACUCGACUUGAUACUUUAACCUUGUAGCUGUGGAGAUGACAAUCGACGUGGUUAUCAGAAUAGAUUAGUAGUUGCCUGGAUCGUGGUCAUUAAUACAGCGCGUCCCACAAGUUUCUAAACUAUUAUCAUAUAAUGUCCACAAUUUUAUGGUUUCCGUUUUCUCAAUUUUAAAAUCUAUUUUCAUAAUCUAAAUUUAAUCUCUUUGUUCAGUAGUUCUAGCUAGGCAUUGCUAAUUAAUCAUACCAUAAACCAACCAUGUGCUACCUUACUAUAGUACACAGGUAAAUCAGUUAAGAUACUUACUGAAUACAUUACAUAAUUAUAGACGUCGGGUGCAGUCUAGUUCUGAUUGACGAGUAUGUCCUAAAUAAUAUCCAAUGCUUUAUUGCAUCAAUUUAGUAGUUUUAACUUUACAACGACAAACUUAUCGGGAAAACCCUGCUUAAAGCAGGUUAUAUAUAUAUGGUAACGUUAAAAUCCCAACCCUUUCCACUGUAAUCCUUAGGUAAUGCUGGAAUUUAGUUAUCUAUUGUAUGGUUUUCACUGAAAUAAAUGAUCGAAUUAGGUGGAACUACAUGAUACUGUGUUUACAUCAACGUCACAUCUGGAAUGACACGUUAUGCUAAUGAUAGUGAGUUUAUACAGGACAGAUAUACAAUAUUAUAAGACUCUAUCAUAUGUGGUCAUGUAGGAUAGGGAUAUUCCACCCGAGGGGUCACAAAAUGUGGUAAAACGCGAGG